UCAGAGCCCUGACUGGUCCCUGGGGUGGAGGCAAAGCAUGAGUACAGUAAUGAUGAGUGACAGGAGCGACGGUCCAAUCAGAGGAGGGACCAAAGCUUUUAAUGCCGUCAGAGGCUGCAGCUCCCAGUAUGAGCCACCUGUAGCAGCCUGGUGGAGACAACGUCCGCACAGCACCGUUAUAUUCACCGUUACACCGACAGGACACGGGACUUCGUUACCGCCUGGAUAUCGUUAAAAAGAACCGACAUAAGACUUAAAACAUGUUUCUAAACUACCUGUAUGUCGUGCUUCUCCAUGGCAGCUCUCGCCCAAGGAACAAACAAUGAGAACACCACCACACCUACAACCUCUCACACCACUGUAACAGCAGGCGACAACGACACAACCAGCAGUUCACCACCAUCUACUACAGAAGAUCCAACAGAUUCAUCUACAACUACAGAAAUCCCAACAGGAUCUAGAACCACAGAACCAUCCACUACUCAUGUGCUGACGACUUCGUCACAAUCGAACAAUGGAUCCAGGACCACUACAGAAACAGUCACCACUACAGAAACAGUCACCACCAGUAGUGUCACCGAGUCUACAACGGCUCCAAACAGUGGUACACCGGCAUCCACUACGAGCCAUCCCAGCAGCACUAGUGAGACUACACAUACAACCACACCUGCAAGCAACAGCCCAAUUACACCAAUCACACAUACUGACAACAACAUGACUACACCAACUACAGCUCCAAACAACACAACCACACCUCCAAACGACACAAUCACACCUCCAAACAUCACAACUACACCAACUACAGCUCCAAACAACACAACCACACCUCCAAACAACACAAUCACACCUCCAAACAUCACAACUACACCAACUACAGCUCCAAACAACACAAUCACACCUCCAAACAACACAGUCACACCUCCAAAUAUCACAACUACACCAACUACACCUCCAAACAACACAAUCACACCUCCAAACAACACAGUCACACCUCCAAACAUCACAACUACACCAACCACACCUCCAAACAACACAGUCACACCUCCAAACAACACAACUACAUCAACUACACCUCCAAACAACACAACUACACCAACUACACCUUCAAACAACACAACCACACCUCCAAACAACACAACACACCACACCUCACAAACACUCCAACAACACAAUCACACUCAACACACAACCACACCUCCAAACAACACAAUCACACACCUCCAAACAACACAACCACACCUCCAAACAACACAACUACACCAACUACACCUCAAACAACACAACACCUCCAAACAACACAACCACACCUCCAAACAACACAACUACACCAACUACACCUUCAAACAACACAACCACACCUCCAAACAACACGACCACACCACACCUCCAAACAACACGACUACACCAACUACACCUCUAAACAACACAACCACACUAACAACACCUCCAAACAACACAACUACACCAACUACACCUCCAAACAACACAACUGCUCCAACUACACCUCCAAACAGCAACACAACUACUCCAACUACACCUUCAAACAACACAGCUACACCAACCACACCUACAAGCAACAACACAACAACUACACGUCCAGUAACACCAGGAAACUCUACAGUUGUACUAACUACACCCACAAGCACCCCUCCUGCAUCUCCUGCAUCCACUACCACAACUUCAUCCUCCACCAUCAGUGCAAACACAACACUAACAGCUGGACCACCCAACCCACCCUCUCCACCUACUUCCAUCUCCACCUCCAGCUCUGCCCCUUCAAACACCUCCCCAGGCAGUAGCACCGCACCCCCCAAUGGAACUACCACCACCCUUAGUCCCUCAGCAACAACCCCAGGAGAAAUCACCAUUUCAACUCAUUCAACUCAACCGACUGCUGCCAACACAACAGCUUCACCCACCACCACCGGCAGCACUGGCACCACCAUCACUGCCACUGGCACCACCACCCCACAGCCAACAGAGAUCACCACCAGCAACAACUCCACCACAACACCUCCACCCAUCCCAGUCAUUGUGUGUCCUGCUGUGCCAUGCCCACUUGACAGUGUCUGUCUUGAUGGCACUUGCCAGUGUCUCUCUGGGAGUUUCCUACAGGAUGGCCGCUGCGUACCUGCCCAAGUGUUCCCAGGCGAGCUGCAUUUCAUGGCCUUGACAUUUCAACCUGAAAUGAGAAACAGGUCCUCGCCAAUAUUCAAGGAGACAGCGGCUAACAUCUCAGCAGGGCUCAGAGAUGCCCUCAAAAAUGAGCCGGGGUAUAUACGAUCUGAAGUUGUGCGACUCCAACCAGGAAGUGUGCGUGCAACUGUCAAUAACAUCUUUGAAAACACCACCACCACUCAAGAGGCGGUUGAUCAGGUCAUUACUCAGGCUAUAAAAAACUCAACCAGCGGACUUUUCUCUGAUGUUACAUUCACAGGUACAGACCUGUGUCAGGUGGAGCCAACACCUUGUGAUGUCUCUACCACAAUGUGCAAGAGCAGGAACGGCCGGGCUGUUUGUUCCUGUUUAGAGGGCUACAUCUCCAUUGUGUACUCAAACACCAGCUGCAAAGCUUGUCCAAGUGGGCAGCAGGCAGUAGGAGACACGUGCGAACCAUGUGCAUUUGGAUACGCUGGCUUCAACUGCAAUGACUCGGCUCUGCUGGCAGUGGUGGUCAUCUCCUGUGUACUGGGAGGAGUUCUUCUCAUCCUGAUCCUGGCUUUGCUCAUAUACUGCUGCUGGAGGAAAUGCUCAAACAGCAAGCCAGACCACAGCAGCAGUCCAUAUGCAUCAGGUGACUUAAACCAGCCCUGGCCCACAGGCAUCACCCCUAUCCCUCGUGCCACCACCAACUGGGACGCAGCUCCUUCCAUAGAGAUGACAGAAGGGGGCAGCACUCGAGUCUUGGUGGACAAAAAGCAUCAAACCAACGGACUGGGGUUUCAGCCGAAGCAGAAAGGAUGGAAGAAGUCGGGAUCGUAUGAUCUCAACCCAGAUGGGAUGAGGACCUUCAAAGGUAAAAAUCCGUCCCGUUACUCCUACCUGGUCCAAGGCCACGAGAACCCCUACUUCUUACCAGGGGAUGACAAGAAAAACUGAAACACACCUGUUCAGUGGGGGGUGAAAUCCAUGUAGUGAGAGUGAAUGAGAACCACUGGAUCAAAAAGAAAUCACUGAUUUGACGCUCUCUGGAACUACAGGCACAUUUCCCAAGCAGGACCUGGUUAUUUAUAUGUUCUUGAACUUGCUUGGAUCAAUGACAAAUCACAAAGAACAUUUUUCUUAACUGGGACCAGCCACCAAAGAGAUUCAUCUACGAGCAAGAACAUUUGAACAAUUUAUUUAAAGGAUAAGAUUGUGUGCAUCAUGUCUGUUCUUGCUGAUAACCACUAGAUGUCACUGUUGCUCAAUAUAAUCUAGAUAAAUGUUUUUUUUAUAGGUACAUUUGACUUUUUUAUGCUUUAAAGAAAUCAUUCUCUAGUCUUUUAAGAUAAAGCUUCUUAUGUUGCUAAUUGCACUACAAAUAUGUGUUAAGUUUACCACCAGUUUUCCUCUGAAAUCAACAGUAAAUUGAAUGUGGGCUUUCUGGGGCUAUUAGAUAUUUUUCUUAAGGGUAUGAUUGCUUAAGAAAAUACAUCUUGAAUGACUAAAGGGGCUGGAUCCCUGGUUUGGGAGCAUUUUUAAAGGGAUUUAUAUUGUCGCUGUCUAAAGCUGAGUAUUCUCUGUAUUUGUUGAAGCUGCACUUGCAAAAUGUGCCUGUUUUAAAGGUCUGUUUGACAAAUAGGAAACAUUAUGCAAAGCUGAUGAUAAAGCCUGCCUCCUGGAUGUGCCAAUUAUCACUUGUAUACAUUUCUUCUGAAAACUUAUAUAUAUAUAUAUAUAUUUAUCCUUGUGUGUCUGAGACAGUGCACUAUUUUAUAAGUGUGUAAAGUUUUUGUAAAUAAUUGAAGAUCUGUUGGCAGAGAGAGUGUGUGUGUGUGUGUGUGUGAAUGAAAUGGUAAUAAAUUACUUUAAAUAAAA